AUGAGUGAUACCGAGGGUCAACCCGAGCGGAAAGAUCAGCUCAAACCCCAGAAUCACCAAGAACAUGAGGACCACCCCGAGCGUGAGCACCACCCCGAGCGUGACACCGAGGUAAACGAGCCUAUCAACUUCGAAUGGACUCCCGAACUCGUGAAGAUUGCAACGUCUCGCGGCACAAUACAUCCGUCAAUUGGUCCCCUCGAAUUCUAUAACGGCUUCCCGACAUGUGAGUAUCGGCCCGGCAUGACCCUGCCUGACCCUGCCGAUACGCGUGAGUGUCUGAGGUGGGCUGGACUGUCCGACAAGAAGAUAUCAGAGGUGGAACAGAAGUUCAACGAACUACAUCCAGAUUAUAAAGGACCCAGCUGUGGAUAUGAUGAGAAAUUUCAAUAUCAUGCACAUGCCUACAAUGAAAUUACAUUCCCUAAGAUUGAGGAAAUGUUGCACAUUUUCAUUCAAGGAAUGCAUGAAGACCUCGAUGAGGUUGAAGAAACUCAUAAGGCAUACAUCGAAAAGGGCAUCCAGCUAGGACUCCGACCAGAAUUUGCGAUAUUCUGUGGGCUACAUAAGGAUGAUUCCCGAGCUAUUGAAAACCCCGAUCUAUUCGAGAAAGACUGGUUUUGGAUGAGCCCAGCAAGCAUCAUGACUGAUACUCUCAUCCCGCUUUGGAUGAACCUUAAGGAAUUCAUGGCGACGAGAUUGUUAUACGAGGGGAAGGCAUGGUCGGGUCAUGGAAGAUGGCUGGUCCAUGACGGAGAAACUAUGGAUCAAGCUAAAGCGAGAGUAGAUGAUCGAGAGCUUCAGAGGCUAAAAGAGCAAGCGAUAAAGGAGAACGAGGAAAAGUUGGAACGUUCUAAGCAGCGGAAAGCCAAAGAGCACGAGGAAGACUUGGCAAGAUGGGCAGAAGAAGAUAGACAGGAGGCGGAGAUGCUGAAGCAAAAAAAGCACAGACAAAACUGCCCAGCAGAAGGAUCAGGAAGGAACGCA